AUGGACAGCGCCAUCACUCUGUGGCAGUUCCUGCUGCAGCUGCUGCUGGACCAGAGCCACAAACAUUUGAUCUGCUGGACGUCCACUGACGGAGAGUUCAAACUGCUCAAGUCGGAGGAGGUGGCCAAGCUGUGGGGGCUACGUAAGAACAAGACCAACAUGAACUAUGACAAACUCAGCCGAGCCCUGCGAUACUACUAUGAUAAGAACAUCAUCAAGAAGGUGAUCGGCCAGAAGUUUGUCUACAAGUUCGUCUCCUUCCCUGAGAUCCUCAAGAUGGAUCCACAGAUGGUGGAGAUGGGCUUGGCAUCCGGAAGGUUCCCCCUCCAGGACGGUGAGCUCUCUGAGCUGGAAGUGGACGAGGAGGAGACAGAGGAGGGAGACGAAGAGGCCGAGGAGGCCCAGCGGAGGACGCGGGUGGCCGCGUUGGGGGCUCAGCAGAGCCGCAACGACUACCUCCGCUCGGGCCUGUACUCAUCCUUCAGCAUCGCCUCCCUCCAGAACCAGCCCGAGCUGCUGCGGGUGCUGCGGGAGGAGCCACGUUCCGUCAUACGCUUUGGCGCCAACGACGUCAAAGCUGAGGCUUACGUCUCCCCCGGGACGCCCAAAAGGCAUCCCCGCUUCCCCCUCCAGCAGGUGGGCCGAAGCGGUAGCAACGACAACGGAGACGAGGACAAGGACCAGGAAGGGGACUUCUCGGAGCAGAGUGCCCAGCCCCUCAACUUGUCGUCCGCGCACAGGGAGCGAGCCCUGCAGCCCCCUCCUGAAAAUAGGAGCGUCGGCGGAGGCAGCAGAAGCUCUGCCUCCUCUUCCUCAAGUAGUAUUUGUAGUCGAGGAGACGGAAUCCCGACCAAAAGCAAAAAGCCCAAAGCUCUGGACAUUUCAGCCCCCUCCCUCCUGCUAGCGGGUAGCGACAUCGGCUCCAUCGCACUCAACAGUCCGGCGCUGCCUUCCGGAUCGCUGACUCCCGCUUUCUUCACGGCACAGACACACUCCGGUCUGCUUCUGGCUCACAGUCCACUCUUGUCUGGCAUCCACUUCUGGAGUAGCCUCAGCCCCGUGGCCCCGCUCAGCCCCGCCCGACGGCAGGGCCACGGCUCCUUGUUCCAGUUCCCCAGCCUAAUCAAUGGACACAUGCCGAUUCCACUGCCAAGCCUGGAAGGAACACCCUCCUCGUCCUCCUCGCCCUCAGCUACCCACAAAUCCUGA